CACAAAGUGAAACUACAUUUACCAGCCUACGCUAUUCACGUUGACUUUUACGUAAUGGGCAACUCCCCGGAUGCGGCUGUGAUUGACUAUACCAGGCAAGAAAAGAUCGAAAGCUAAGUGGCGGUGCUACAGCCCCAGUGGUCGUUGGCAGGAUGCAGACCAUUAAGUGUGUGGUGGUGGGUGAUGGGGCAGUGGGUAAAACCUGCCUACUAAUCUCUUAUACCACUAAUGCCUUCCCAGAAGAAUACAUUCCCACAGUGUUUGACAAUUACAGCGCUCAGAUGAGUGUGGAUGGCCGCACUGUAAGCCUCAACCUGUGGGACACUGCGGGCCAGGAGGAGUAUGAUCGUCUGCGUACUCUCUCCUAUCCUCAGACCAACGUUUUUAUAAUCUGCUUCUCCAUUGGCAGCCCUUCAUCCCACGCAAACGUGAGGCACAAGUGGCACCCUGAAGUGUCCCACCACUGCCCCAACGUUCCUAUCUUGCUGGUGGGCACCAAGAAAGACCUGAGAGGAGAUGAAGAAACUGUGAAGAAGCUAAAAGAGCAGGGUCUGGCCCCUACCACUAACCAGCAGGGCAACGCGUUGGCCAAGCAGAUUGGAGCUGUCAAGUACAUGGAAUGCUCUGCGCUGAAGCAAGAUAAUGUCAGGGAGGUGUUUGCAGACGCUGUGAGGGCGGUGUUGUAUCCAGUCACAAAGAAGAAUCCCAAAAAAUGUGUUCUGUUGUAAUAAAUGGUUCUCAGAUUUGGACUAUGGAGAGGAAUGAUGGAGAUCCAUGGAUGCAAAAGAGAGGCUGUAGAACAAAGAACGCCAUCUAGUUGCUUCCAGCCCACCUGACAGUUGUCCUUUCUUAUCUCCUGGAGGAUCUCACAGAGUUGCCUUCAUCACCAAAGUGACUGUUUCAAAAUGAAGGCAACAGACCUUAAAAGUUUAACUUUUAUUAUUUACAGCUUUUUGAUUUUACAGCUUCUUGAUUAAUAGCUUCUGUGCUUUAAAAAAUAUGAUGAUCACGGUGGCCACAAGCCAAAAUAUCCAAAUCAACCAGCCAUUCCCUGUUUGACUGGAGGAAGGAGAUCUGCGUUUGUUCAGGUGGAGAACUAGCGACUACCUCAUAUUCUCACCUAAGUUGCAUCUUAUUGAGUCUCAAGCAAAGUUGCCAUCAAUACCCUUUGAGUUGCCUAUUGAUGUAUAUUGAACUGCCAAGUUUGAGGUCAACAACAUGAUCCUGAAUCUUUGAAUUUGUGCUUGACUUCAGUUAGCUUGAAUCCAGACAAUGUGUUAUGACUCCUGGACAAAUGCCAUUGCUUCUUAGUCAGAUGCACAGAUUAAUGGUUAAAAUCACAGCAGUUCCUCUUCAGCUUAUUCUGGUAUGUUAGAGUUGACUGGCAAGUUGCACUUCCUGCCUCUUGCUCUGUUCUCUUACUGUCUUAUGAGUAAGAGCUAAUGGCUCUUUGCAGAUAAGCUUUGCCCAUUAGGAGCUGCAAACUAAGUGCCCAUUUCCCAAAUAGCGGAGUAAACAUCUUAAUUUUACCAAAUUAUUACAUUUUGGUUCACGAUUCCUCAAGUCAACCAAGUCAGGAAGCUGUACCGCAGCUUAGCUUUCCUCUGUUUUGCAUCUGAAUUCUCAGGCUUAUUUUUAGCGCCAAUAGAAACGUACCUAAGAGUUCCUCUUUGACGAGGUGGGGUUAAGGAGAGUGUAUUUCUUAGUUGUGAAUUUACUCUUUAAAUGAUUUACUUAAUCCUGAAAUGUUUUUAACUUACAUGUGCAGUUAUUGCCAAAGUUGACUAUAUUUUUUGUAAUGGCUCAUGUUUAUUUGAUCGGUAAAAUGUUUUUUUCUCUAUUUUUAAUCACAUAUGAUAAACUACAGCACCAUAAUGCUUCCCUUUUUUUCAACCACAUCAUUGUCUAGAGUCAUUGGAGAAAGACCACUGUAUAAUCGACUCCUUGUACCAUAUAUUACCAUAAUAAGUUUCACUGGUUCACAUCAAGCGAUUUACAUGUCAUCCUGUGUUUUGUGGUUUAACUUUCAGGCAGCAUCAUAUGUAGCCUUUUAACCCAGCUAUACUAUAUUGACAGUACAGAAGAAGCCGUUCAUUUGAUUGGGUGCCUUAUCUAAACCAAAGACCAUUACAUCUUCGUCUUGCCCAGAGGGUCGCAUCAUACUGCUACAAUUACUACAAGAAAAGUUGAUGCACAAAUCCAAAAGCUCAGAUUUGUUUUUGUAAGUUCUUAGCAGUAUUCUUCCUCAGUUCCUUCCAGUAAAUACAGUCUACUUUCAGCGGGGUUUUUUUUUUUGGGUAAAACACAGGUGCUAAGCUGUCAUCUUGCACAGCAAGUCUUGUGUGCAUCUGUGAAACGGGGUUCACAGCUCUUAACAGAUUGUGGUUUACAUCCCUGCCUUGCAUAGUGCAGUGAGGGCAAAGCACAAGCGCAACUUGUGCUUAUUGUUUCCAAGAGCUGCGUUGGUUGUCGCUGCCCCACAUUUAAAGAUUUUUAUAUUUUUCUAAAGUAUUUUUAUAACUCUUUGCUUGUUUGUGCUUCCAGGUAGCUGCAAAAAUAGCAACCCUUACACUUAAUUGUAUUUACACUGCCAUCUGGGGUAUUCAAUACUUUUACUUAGAUUGUGCCUUGUGCAGAGUCUUGAAUAAAUGAAGAGUAAAACAAGCACAAGGUUUUGUGUGACAACAUGGAUGCGCUUUGAGAUCUACUAAAAGUGUGAAAUUUUCUGAAGGGGUCUGACAAGCGCUGAAUGUGUGUGUGCACAGUAUUUAAAACCGUUAUCUGUGGAAGACUUAUUUUUUUCCCUCUUGUUCCUUCAUCAUGUCCCAAAUUUACUCAGAAAGUGCUAUUAAAGCAGAACAUUCACCUGUGGGCUCUCUGUAUCUGUGUCCUGGAGCAAUAUGCUGCCGUGUGCGUGGUACUACGCUUUUACACUGGGAACUUGAUUUGUAGAAAUCUGUAAUUGUUUUAUAAAUAACAAAAGCAUAUUUGUAUAAAUGAACUAACAGUGAGAUGAUUUUAAAUUAUGCCUAAUAAAAUGGUGCCUAAUACCA